UUGUGAUGUUUGUCGGUGUUCGUCGGAGUUGUGUCAUUUUGUAAACCGUCGCGAGUUGUCAAGUUCCGAUUAAGUUUGAAAAUUUACUAUCAUUUCUUCAUUCGAAUGCUCGAAAAAAUGUAUCUCACGUCGUUGGUAAAGAGUCCAGCAUUAAUAACGCGUAUUUCUGGCCUGUCGAUUCGAAAUUCUCGCUGUUUAACUGGUCGCAAUGUGAUACUAACCACACAUUCUAGAAAAUUGCAUUAUAUUUCUCGCAGCUCUCACGCUACCGCUGAGUGCUUGAAUUUAUCGACUUUACGGCCAGCACGAUUCAUCGAACAUCAACUGAAUAAGACUGCUUUCGUUGCUGCAAGAUACUUUUCGGCAAAAACCACCGAUGAUGGCGAUAAAGGCAAUUCCAAUGAGACAUUCACACCUCAGUUACCAGCAACUGUUGCAGUGCCUGAGGUUUGGCCCCAUGUACCAGUCAUUGCAAUCAGUAGAAACAUUGUCUUCCCCAGAUUCAUCAAACUCAUUGAGGUAACCAAUCCAGCAUUGAUGGAACUGAUCAGAAGAAAAGUAAAGCUUAAUCAGCCAUACUGUGGUAUCUUUCUGAAGAAAAGUGAGGAUAAUGAUGCAGAGGUAGUGAAAGAUAUCAAUGAAGUGUAUAAUGUUGGAAUAUUUGCACAAAUUCAUGAGAUGCAAGAUUUAGGAGAUAAAUUACGCUUGGUUGUAAUGGCACACAGAAGAAUCAAAAUUACAGGCCAAAUUCUAGAUAAUCCUGAUGAGGCAAUGCCCAAAGAAAUGAAUCUACAAUUUCCACUUUUUAAAACAUCUAUGAACGUUCUAGAUGACGAUACGAGAAAGCGUAAAGGUCGCAAUAAUAAUAACAGACUGAAGAAAACGCCCGAAGUAAAACCUGCUCCAGCGACUACUGCCGGCAUUUCAACGCCACCCAAAGAGCCACUUUUAAUGGUUGAGGUUGAAAAUGUUGUGCAUAAUAAGUUUAGGCAGACAGAAGAAGUAAAAGCAUUGACACAGGAGGUUAUUAAAACGAUUCGUGAUAUUAUUAGCCUCAAUCCAUUGUAUCGCGACAGCCUGCAGCAGAUGAUGCAUCAGGGUCAACGGGUCGUCGAUAAUCCAGUUUAUUUGAGUGACCUAGGUGCGGCUUUAACCGCAGCCGAAGCUAAGGAAUUGCAGGAAGUUUUGGAGGAAAUUGAUAUUCCGAAACGGUUGAUGCUUUCAUUAUCUCUAUUGAAAAAAGAGUAUGAAUUAUCCAAGUUGCAACAGAAGAUUGGACGUGAGGUCGAAGAAAAGGUCAAGCAACAUCACAGAAAGUACAUAUUAAUGGAACAAUUGAAGGUCAUAAAGAAGGAACUGGGUUUGGAAAAGGAAGAUAAAGAUGCAAUUGGGGAAAAGUUUAAGGAAAGAAUCAAGGCGAAAGUCUUGCCAAAGGCUGUAUCUACUGUAAUUGACGAAGAACUGUCAAAAUUAAACUUUUUAGAGAGUCAUAGUUCUGAAUUUAAUGUAACGAGGAAUUAUCUUGACUGGUUGACUUCGCUCCCAUGGGGAAUCCAGAGCACUGAAAAUUUAGAUUUGGAUCGUGCUUCAGCUAUUCUCGAAGAAGAUCAUUACGGUAUGGAUGAUAUUAAACGCCGAAUUCUGGAAUUCAUCGCGGUGAGUCAACUCAAAGGCUCAACUCAGGGUAAAAUUCUAUGUUUCCAUGGACCGCCCGGCGUUGGAAAGACCAGCAUAGCACGCUCGAUUGCCAGAGCGUUGAAUCGCGAAUAUUUCCGAUUCUCUGUCGGUGGUAUGACCGAUGUCGCUGAGAUUAAGGGCCACAGAAGAACUUACGUUGGUGCAAUGCCUGGCAAGGUGAUUCAAUGCCUUAAAAAGACAAAAACAGAAAAUCCGUUGGUUUUAAUUGACGAAGUAGACAAAGUGGGAAAGGGAUUCACUGGAGAUCCAAGCUCGGCUUUAUUAGAACUCUUAGAUCCGGAACAAAAUUCCAACUUUUUGGAUCAUUAUCUCGAUGUACCUGUUGACUUAUCGAAAAUUCUCUUCAUUUGUACUGCGAAUGUGAUAGAUACAAUCCCAGAGCCGCUACGUGAUCGAAUGGAGAUGAUUGACAUGUCUGGUUAUGUAGCUGAAGAAAAAUUAGCUAUCUCUAAACAAUAUCUCAUUCCGCAAGCUAUGAAAGACAGCGGUUUAAAAGAUAGCAAUAUUAAAAUACAAGAUGACAGUCUAAAAGUGCUCAUUAAGCAGUACUGCCGCGAAUCUGGCGUGCGCAACUUGCAAAAACAGAUAGAAAAAGUUGUGCGUAAAGUGGCCUAUAAAGUUGUAAAAGACGGCACGCAUUUUGUUGAUGUUACACCAACUAAUUUACAAACAUUUGUUGGUAAACCGCUGUUUACACAGGACAGAAUGUAUCUGGACACACCACCGGGAGUUGUAAUGGGCUUGGCGUGGACUGCGAUGGGCGGUUCUACACUUUUAUUGAGACUACUACCAGACGUUCAAAUAUAGAAAAGAUAGUGAUGGUAGUCUAGAGCUUACAGGUCAUCUUGGUAAUGUUAUGAAAGAGUCCGCUAAGAUAGCAUUGACUGUGGCACGGAAUUUCUUAGAUGUGCGUGACGAAAAUAACAAAUUUUUACACACCA